AUGGUGGAUAGCCUUGUGCCGCAGAAAAUCUUGACGUGGGAAGAGGUUAAGCAAUUUGACGGCGAGCAAGGCCGCCCCAUGUACCUCGUCAUUGACAACAACGUUUAUGACUUCACCGACUUCGCUGAUCUGCACCCAGCAGGCCCAGAGCCGCUAAAGAAGCACGCGGGAACCGACGCGAGCGCAGCGAUGCGCGCCGCGCGCAUGCCCAGUGCCGUCAUGGAUGUCUACAUACACCGGUUCAAGGUCGGCGCUGUCGAUGUCAUAGGCGGCAACUGCAUGGCUGAGACACAGUACAGACUAGCGGACGUGCAAGCGCGCAACGGCAAACUUGGUGCACCUCUCUGGGUCGUACACAAAGACUCCGUCUAUGACGUCACCAGUUAUGUUGACCAGCACCCUGGAGGCGACGACGCCAUCAGAGCGGAAGCAGGCACCGACGCCACGAGUGCUUUCCAAGACGUCGGCCACUCCGACGACGCCAAAACCAUCCUCGCUAAAUACAAGAUUGGGGAGAUCAUAGAGGAAGAAAAAAAAUACGACGCCAACGGCAAGAAAAAGAAAAAAGUAGUGGCAGCUAAAGACGAGGGCACAACAGGCAGAAGCUGUCUAAACACUGUCACUUGUGGUCUGUUAGGCUAACCAACAUUAUCUCAAAUCUACACUUAC